AUGUCAAAACGAAAGAAAAAUGAUCCAAAUCCUGAGGAUGAUGAUGAUGAUAAUAAUAAUAAUGAUUUACAAGAUAAACAACAACAUCAAUUAGAAUCACAGAAAGUCUAUGAUUUUCAUAAAAAAACAAUUGAAAUAUAUCCUGAACGUUUACGUGAAUUAAAUCGACAAUUUCUUUCAUCUAUAUCAACACAAAUAACUAAUGAACCUUAUAGUGUACUUGUUGGAAAUUGUCUUGAUUAUGUUCGUCAAUAUUUUAAUUAUGAAGAUGAUUUACUUAAAUAUUCACCAUGGCUUGUAACAAGACUUAAACAAACUCGUUCAGAUAUAGUUAAAUGUUUACCAGAUACAAUUGAUAUUUAUGAAGCACUUGCACGACAUGAUUUUGAUCGUAUAUUUGAUAAAAAUAUUAUUGAAAUAUCAUCGAAUGAUUCAAUUACAAAUAAAACUAUUAGUUCUGGUCAAUUAACUACAACAUCAGUUCAACUUCGUCCUCCUCCUACAACAACAAUAAAUUCAUCAAUACCAUCAUUUAAUUUUACGAAACCAAUAACAACAACAACAAUGGUUAAUGAAUCAACAUCAGCAACUGGUUUUAAUUUUAAAGUAGCUACAACACCAGAAAAAACAACAAAUACAUCACCAUUUUCUUUUAAUCUACCAAAUACAGGAUUGGGAACAUCAACAUUUCCUCCGAUUAAUUUUAUUAAUCCAAUAAGUAUAGAAAAAUCAACAACUGCUUCAACAUCUUCAAUAAGUUUUACACCACCAAAAUUUACAUUUAUAUCAACACCAUCAGUAAGUGGAGAACAACCAGGAACAACAGAAGAUAAUGAAAAUGAACCAAAUGAACCACCCGAACCAGAAAAAGUUGAACAUGAAGCAGAUGCUAAAUUAACAUACAGAUGUCGAAUGGGAGUAAAUAAAAAUGGUAAAUUAAUAAAACGUGGUCCUGUACAAGUUAUACUUAAAGAAAUAAAUGAUAAACGUCAAUUAAUUAUUCGAUCAGAUGAUUCUCUUGGUCGUUUAUAUUUAAAUAUUUUAUGGUCAAAAUUAAUUGAAAUAAAAAAAAAUUCAACAAAAGAUCUUACAUUUAUAUGUAAACUUAAUCCAGGUAUGAGUGAAAUAACAGAAGGUGAAUUUGUUAUGAUAUUACUUCGAUUUGAUAAUGAAACAGAACGUAAUGAUGCAUAUGAAAAACUUGGCAAAGAACGUACAUAA